UCAUCCUCGAUCUCAGCAAUUUCCAAUCACAAAGGUACUUUGUCUUUUAUCAAUUUUGAGGAAGAAACACUACAAAAUGGUGCGUCCCGUCUCGACACGGGCCAUUGAGCACCCGGAAUCCAUCGCGCUAUUUGUUGGGUUGUUCAUCUCGGUCGUGGCUCUAGUAGCGCUGUGCGCAAAACGCAAUCGCCGGAUCCCGAAAGUCCAAGAGAAAGAACCGGCCACAACCAGAGUUGCGAGGAAACGACCUUUGGCAUCACCACGGCAUCUCGUAGGGGCUAUCAGCAACAAGGCCAAUGCUUCUGCUAUCACCACGAAAGGCAAUGCUGAGUACGAGAUCGGUGGAGAUCAUGAUAAGGGCUCGGAAGGAUCCGAAGAGGGGGGUUUGUGGCGAAAGGCAAUUCUGAUGGGAGACAAAUGCAGGCCACCAGAGUUUUCAGGCGCCAUAUAUUACGAUAGCCACGGUAAUCAGCUGCCGGAGCCACCCAAGUCGCCGAGGGCAGCUAGUCCUUUGCGGAGUUUUUUGGUUUCUGUCGCGAAAGAAUAAAUCUGCGUCUUGUGUAUGUAGAUUAUACGAACUUGGAAAUAAAAGGCAAAAAGGUUUUACCGUUAUGUUUUCCUUUGCAACCUCUUUGCUUGUCACUCUUGCAAGCAGAGCAUAUGAUGCUUCCAGUUACUCUUCAUAGACUCUUUAUCCUCAUUG